AGCUUUCGGCUAAUCAUUGCUUAUAAUCGUGUCCUCAUAAUGGACAAGAUUUCACUUUUCCUCUGAGACGCGGCUUAAUGGUUGAAGAGUCGCUCAGUGGGAGGGAUUAAGCAGGAAGCCUAGGUGGCGAGGAGAUCUGGAGCUCUGGAGCUCAGACACUGAACUGCAUCUCUGCACCCAGAGCACCUGAUGAGCAUCUUCUGAAGUUGGGCUGCAGACUUUCAGCGCACCUAUAACUUCGACCUGGCAAAAUGCAUCGACUGGCUUGAUCGAAAUUGAUUGGGAUUAUUUUUUUUAUACCUGACGACGUUCAAAUCUUGGAAUAAUUUCUAAGCAGUUUCUUAUCAUAUUGUUGUGACUGCAUAACAUUGGAGAUGGUACUGUCGAUUUUCCGUUUCAAUUGUAUGCUUAUUCUCUGUCUGGCCGCAGUCUACAACUGCCAUGGUGCCGUUCAGAGCUGUAUGGACAAGCACCAGGUCGUGGGGGUUCUCCGUCAGAUGGAGAAGUUCCUGAAGGGCCAGGAGUUGAGGUUCACGGAGGGUCUGCGCAUCAUGAAGUCCAAGCUGGUGACCCUGCAGAACUCCGUGUCCAAGCUGCCCCAGGCGGACCAGUCUGCAGGUGAUCAGUCCGGUUCAUACCGGUUGUAUAUGCAGAAUAAUGUCUCCAUCUCCUUCUUUGUUCCCUCUCCCCCCCCCCCCUCAGCCCCGCCUGAGUGGAGCGUCAUGAACGACCCGGCCUUCAGAAGGCGGCCGCGCUGCGCCGAGGUGGACCAGGCCCAGCACUGCAGCUGCGACGCAGGCUUCCACAUGAGCGGCACCUCCGAUAACUCCAUCUGCCAGGACGUGAACGAGUGUGAGGUGUACCGACUGGACCAGGGCGGGAAGCUGUGCAUCCACGAGUGUGUGAACGUCCCCGGGUCCUACCACUGCGCCUGCCCCACCGGCUACAAGCUCCUCCUGGACGGACGGAGCUGCGAAGAUGUGGACGAGUGUCUGAGCCAGCAACACAACUGCAGCCGAGGGACCACGUGCAUCAACACUGGGGGGGCCUUCCAGUGUGUCAGCCCCGAGUGUCCCCCUGGCCAUGGCAACAUCAGCUACGUCAAGACCUCUCCCCUCCAAUGCGAGAGGAACCCCUGUCCCGUGACCAGCCGGCCCUGCCACAUGGCGCCCAAGACGGUGUCCUUCCACUACUUGUCCCUGCCCUCCAACUUGAAGACCCCCGCCACCCUGUUCCGCAUGGCCACCGCCAGCGCCCCCGGCCGCGCGGGCCCCGACAGCCUGCGCUUCGGCAUCGUCGGGGGCAACGCCCGCGGAACCUUCGUCAUGCAGCGGUCGGACCGGCAGACGGGCGAGCUGCUCCUGGUGCAGCAGCUGCGCGGGCCGCUGGACCUCAGCGUGGAUGUGGACAUGUCCGAGUACAGCGAGCGCACCUUCCAGGCCAAGCACGUGGCCAAGGUGCACGUGCUGGUGUCCCCGUACAGCUUCUGAACGGGUGGGUGGGUCAGGGCCCCCCCCCCCCCCCGGGAGAGGGCGAGGACUUGAGAGGGGAUGGGGGUGGACGAAAACAACAAAAACAAAAGUAUGAUAAAUAUAUAAUAGAAGUAAAAGAAAGAGUAUGGAACCGGCGGUCUGUGGAGGCUGAUCGGGUCGUUGGCCGUGACGUUGCUUCAGUUAUCAGUUACCUAAGCUGUUUUGUUCGAGUGUCACGCGUUAUUGCUUGGGGGGCUUGGGGUAAGGGUGUCCGGUACUGAAAGAGAGAGCGGUGUGCCGUAGCGGAUUUAUUUUGUGGAUUAAUGUGAGAGAGGUGGAUUGAGUGGUUCAGAGGGAGAAGGUUGAUUAUGUAUUUUUGUUGUUGAAGAUUCUCGUUUUUGUGUUUGUUUUGGGCCCAUCUUAGGUUAUUUUUGCGUAGUUUAGCAUUCGCCCCAUUUAAUGCACUACCCUAGUUUCUACGCCAAACUGUCACAAAUCCCUAUUCGACAUUAUAACCGUAGUAAUUAUUAUUUAUUGGAAAUAUUAUUGCUGGUUUUGUCAAUUUAAAUAUAUGCUUCGGUUGUAUCUUCUUUCUCACUGUAUGUCAUUCAUAUUUGUUCUUUUUUUUUUACCGGUUUGCUUUCUCAAAGAAGUCAUUUGUGUUACCAGUCUGGAACAUUGGAGCACUUAUGUACACGGACAUGUUUUGCUAUGUUUUUUAUAUACCGUAAGUUAUCAAGACUUUGUGUGAUCACACCGUUAUCUAUCCUUGAUUUGACCGAGCACAACAGAAUAUAGCUGGUAUUUUAAUGACUCCCUAUAACAAUUUCCCCCUGAACUAAAAAUAAAGCUGGCCAGGGGCUUCAGUCCUUGUUUAUUAAAA